UAACUGCAAUACAUACUGAAGCCAAGUGCUCACACAUUAAUUAAAAGAAGCAGACUAAUAUAUAUAUAUAAAGAGUAAUCUCGUUAAAAUACCAUUUAUAAGAUUUGGCUGACUUCUAAUUGUAUGCAGCGGAUUUUAACAACCCUUAUCUUUAAGAACUCUGGGAGCUGAGUGGAAUAUAUUUCAAGCUUUAAAUACGAACACAUAACUGCAGUAACAACAUAGGGUUAUGGAUAUUUGUCCAUCAUAUGCUAUAGAAACUAUUAAUAUACAAAGUUUCUUGUUUGGAUUAGUCACUCUGUUGCUCGUACGCUGGUUUAUGACGCGUAAAAAGUACAACUACAAUUUACCUCCGGGUCCCACUUCAUUUCCAAUAAUUGGAAAUCUACCUCAGAUGAUCACAACCACAGAUCUUUGCUCGAAGAUGAAAGAUUUUCGAAAACAAUAUGGAGAUAUUUUCAAACUCAAACUUGGUUCUGACACUCUGGUGACUGUAUGCAAAACAGAAUGGAUUUUAGAAGGAUUAGUAAAGAAAGGAGAGGAAUUCAAAGGAAGACCCUACUGGAUCUACAUGACGAAGCUAUUAUCCCGAAAACAAGGUAUUUUCUUUAACACUGGAAAAGAAUGGAAGGACUUGAAAAAGUUUCUUUACGCAACAUUCCGUGAUUUAGGAAUGGGCAAGAGAAAGCUAGAAGACCAAAUAUAUUUGGAAACCCAGAGAUUAUGCAAAGUUUUUCAAUCUCACAAUGGCAAACCGUUUUCCUUGGGCGACCCUUUGGCAUACUUCUCUUUGAGUAUUGUAUACUAUAUAAUAUUUGGUGAAAGGAUCAGAUUUGGUGAACUUGAGUUUCAGGAAAUUGUUGAAAACUUAAGAUUCUUCUUCAAGAAUAGUAGUGCAUUUAUACCAGAGAAUUUCUUUCCAUUCCUGAGAUUUUUUCGAUGGAAUUCUCCCGUAAAACAAAUUCUCAAGAACGACAGAAAAAUCCGAAGCUACAUAAAAGAGAAAAUCAGGGAACAUAAGGAAACAUACAAUGGUGACGAUAUAAGAGAUUUCAUUGACGUCUACUUACUCACACUUGAGAAGGAACCAAACAGUGAAUCUUUAUCUGAAGUGAAUAUGUUUCGGACGAUUAUCGAUAUUUUUGUGGCUGGAACAGACACAACAGCUACAAGUCUUAGCUGGGUUUUUCUCUACAUGGCGAAAUAUCCAGACAUACAGGAAAAAUGCCGAGAAGAAAUUCAGAAGGUCACAAAUCUGAACAGGCCUAUCACAAUGGAAGACAAAAGACACAUGACAUACGUUGCAGCAACGCUACUUGAGGCCCAGAGAAUGGCUCCAGUUGCUCCACUCACUGCUCCACAUGCCUCUACGAUAGACACAAAACUAGGAGGUUAUGAUAUUCCAAAAAAUACCAUUGUUCAAUUCAUGUUAAUGGCUGCUCAUUACGAUCCGAAGUAUUGGGAUAAACCAGAGGAAUUCCGACCUGAGAGAUGGAUUGAUGAAAAUAAUGAGUUAAAGAAAAAUGAGGCUUAUAUGCCUUUCUCUUUGGGCCCCAGAAUAUGUGCAGGAGUAUCACUAGUCAAUAUUGAAUCUUUCAUAGCUUUUUCAAACAUCUUACAAAAAUUUAGAUUGGAAAGUCCAGACGAAACACCAAUGACAAUGGAAGGCAGACAAUCAGGAAUUACUUACGUUCCAGUGAAGAAUAAUAUCCGUGCAAUACCACUGUAAGAUCCAUUUGUCUUGUAUGUUUGAAAGCACCUCUAUAGGAUACACUGGGUAUACCGUAGAAAGUAUGCUACUUUGAGGCAGUCAAACACAAGAACCGUUCAUUUAAGUCAAGAUUUCAUGGUGGUAUUAUAUUCACCUAGAAGAUACAUGAUAAUAUCUGUGUAGUAAUACCUUCUCAUAUACUUCGUAAAAUUUAGAUGAUAGAAACAGACAGAACAGCGACAGCUAUGGUAAUAUUAAUGCCUGACUUUGUCAAUAAAGCUUUAAUAUUGUAUUAU